CGGAUUAUGUAUUUAUACCGAGUUUUACAGAUUUCCAUUAUCAAGAAUAUUAGCCACAGAAAGAAACUUCAAUUGAGAAAUCAGUUGAAGAGAUUGUUCAAGUUCAGAAGGAUUUUACUCAUACUUGUGAGUUUGUAGGCAAUUAGGAAAAACUUCUCUGAGAAUUACAAGAGCGCAAGAUUUCAUCAGUUUUUGGCCUUGUUUAGAGCUCGACUGUUUUGAGCAGAUUCAUGCUGUCAAAAGAGAAGGACGGUGAGUUAGAUGGAGAUGUAUCUCAUAGAAUCAGAACAGGGUGGAUGAAGUGGAAGAGUGCGUCAGGAUUUCUAUGCGAUCGAGGUAUGCCGACUAGACUGAAGGGUAAAUUUUAUAGAAUAGCAAUUAGGCCUGCAUUACUGUAUGGCGUAGAGUGUUGGGCGGUGAAACAAUGUCACAUUCAAAAGAUGAGUGUGGCUGAGAUGCGCAUGCUGCGUUGGAUGUGUGGGCAUACUAGAAAGGACCGCGUGAGGAAUGAGACAAUCAGACAAAGGGUGGGAGUAGCACCUAUUGAAGACAAGAUGCGGGAGUCGCGCCUACGGUGGUUUGGUCAUGUGCCUAACAGACCGAGUGAUGCACCUGUUAGGCGAGUUGAGAUGUGUGGAGAAGAGGCAGGGAAGAGAGGGAGAGGAAGACCCAAACAGACGUGGGUUAGGGGAGUUCGAAGUGAUAUGCUUCUUCUGGGGUUGGAUGAGGGCAUGACUUUGGAGAGAACUAAGUGGAGGGCGGGUAUUCACGUGAAGGAGUGAUCUUGAUAAUCUUUAUCCUUAUAUAUAUAAGCAUUAUUUGCAGCCUUUUUAUUUUAUCAUUU